CCCAUGUGAUCUUUUUCGUGAAAAGUACAAUAUAUGAUUUCUUUUCAAUUAGUCUACAAUGUUUGCAAUCAAAUGAAAGUAUAAUAUUUCAGAAAAUAUAAUAAAUUAAUAUUUAAAGAAUUGAAUGUUUGUUUAAACAUUCAAUACCUAAAAAUACGCGUUCAAUAUAAAAUAUAAUUAAAUCAAUAUUCGAAUAUAGUUAAAAUUUGAACGGGCGGUCAUUAUCUAUCUAUGUAAAUACAAACGAAAUUUUCAUUGAUUUUGAUCGUAAUCGAGUUAGUUCUCUUUUGCGUUCCAACGAGUAAACAUCGAAGGACUCUCUUUUCAAACGAAUAAGAUUAAAAAUGUUAAACUUUUGAUUAUUUUACAAUUAUUUAAACAAUUUGAAAUACGAGCGGAAUAUAACUAAUAUUUAAGUAAUAGUAUGUUUGUUUAAACAUUCUAUAACUCGAAAUACGUGUUAAAUAUAAAAUAAAAAUAGAAUUAAAUUAAUAUUCAUAUAUAUAUGAUAUGUACGCGAUAAAUAUAAAAAAUUUAAUUAAAAAUUUUUAAGUUACGUUAUGUGCGAAAGAGGUAUAAAUUACUCAACCUUAUCGACUGAUAUAAUGACUGAGAGGGAGAAUGUUUCCUACUUGCGUUUGUAGUUCAUAUUUUGUCCACACUUGUCGCUAAAGUCAUAUAUACUUUGAACGAAAGUUGACAUCUACUCGAUCAUAGAUCGGUAAAACAGUUCGAUACGUUUGAUGAUAUCGACAAUUUGGUCAAUUUCAAGGAAUAUAAUAUAAAAGAAGCGAAUUAAGAAUUUAAACUUAUGAAUAUCGGAAUUUUUCGUGGUAAAAAGUUUUUCUUUACAAAAUAAGUAUAAGUAGUAAACAAUUAAUAUGUUUUGGAGAGUAAUCUUUUCUUGUAGAAAAUUAUAAAACGAAAUUUAUUCAACGUGACUCAUCAUUUCUUUUUCUUUUAUACGGAUAUUUUCGAUAGCAACGAAAAAUGCAAAAGUUUUUACCGAUUGUUUUUGGUUCGUACAUAUAUUCACACAAUUAAUAUUGGCAGUCAUAACGUAAAAAAAAAUUUUUAGUUUAUUUUCUCAUUUAAUAUCACACGUGAUAUAUAAUUAUUAUAUUAAUUAUUUCUUAAACGUCUCUCUUCAUGUCUUCAUAUAGUUAUUAUUAAUUACAGUUAAAAUGAUGGCUUUUACAGAAUAUUUGGAAAAUUAUUAAAAAGAAAUAAAAUAUAAUAACUAAAAAUUUUAUUAUCACUUCGUGUAUAGAAAUUAUUUAUAGGAAAUUGUAUAUCGCAUAUAAGUGCCUUGAAGGUAAUAUUUUAAAUACUAAGGAUAUAACAAAUGUUUAUUAUCUGAUAAAGGAAUACGUUUUAAUUUUACUGGUAUAUCAGCCAUGUCUACAUGGAUAUCCGCAGACGAACGUAUGUUAAAAGCAAUAAGGAAGAUAGUUCCAAAUUUGAACAAUACUAAAUAUAAAGGUCAAGAUGGAAGAAUAGGAAUAUUCGGUGGUAGCUCAGAUUAUACAGGAGCACCGUAUUUUGCAGCAAUGAGUGCUCUUAGAACUGGUGCAGAUAUAGUGCAUAUAUUUUGUGUAAAAGAUGCUAGUACUCCUAUUAAAUCUUUUAGCCCAGAGCCAAUUGUACAUCCGAUCUUGGAUCAAUACGAUGCUAUGAAACAUAUAAAACCUUGGUUGGAUCGUUUACACGUUAUAAUCAUUGGGCCUGGACUUGGAAGAGACGAUAAGAUUCUCAAAGUCAUAGUUGAAUUGAUUUCAGUCUGCCGCGAAUUAAAAAAACCAUUGGUGAUAGACGCGGAUGGAUUAUUCUUAAUAUUUCAGAAACCCGAUAUAAUCAAAGAUUAUCCAGAUCUUAUACUUACACCUAAUGCUAUGGAAUUUAGUCGAUUAGCUAAAUCAAUAUUAAAAAAAUCGAUUCAACCAUCUCCAAUAGUUAAGCCUGCAGAUGUAAAAGAAUUGGCAGAUUCUCUUGGAAAAAAUGUAGUCAUUUUACAUAAAGGAGCAAAAGAUGUUAUAGCGGAUGGACAUGAAGGUACUGAAACUAUAUCAUGUGGCAUGGCUGGUUCCGGAAGACGAUGUGGUGGUCAAGGAGAUCUUUUAGUUGGAUGUGUAGCUGUUUUCUGGUGGUGGGCCAUUUGUGGUGUAACUUCUGAUUCUAUUAUAUCACCUUCGAUAAUAGCAUCUUAUGCAGGAUCAAGAUUAGUUAGAGAAUGUAAUUCAGCUGCAUAUAAAAUUAAACAAAGAGCCACUUUGACAAGUGAUAUGUUGGAACAGAUACAACAUGUUUUUGCUAGAAUUUUUGAAACUCAUAGCAACAAAAAUUCAUCAUUCAAUGGGAGAAAUCGAUUGCAAAAUAUUGAUAAUUAAAAACAUUGGAUCACGUUUAAGUGAAAUUUUUAGGAUACAGGAGAUGUAGUAUACUAAAGAAUACUAAUAAGUACAGUGUUAUUUUAUGACAAAUUAGAUUACAUACAUGCAUUUAGCAUUCUUGAUAUCUUAUAUAUGCAAAAGUCAUAAAUAAAAUAUUUUGUACAUUUUAUA